AUGGCCUCCCAUCAGAUUGCCAUUGCGAAGGCCUCAUUUUCCGCCGGCCUUUUGCGCCCCGACCCGGUCUCAGUUUCGCGCGAUGAGAUCACCGCCUUCCACGCCUCCCUUGAGCGCGUUUUAUCCCACUGCUCCCCAGCAAAUGUUCAGACCUGUAAAACAUGGCUACUCCACCAUGUCGCCGCAUCAUCGAACCGCGUCGGAGGGUUGGCUAAAUACCUCGUCACGCUGGCAGCCUCCUUCGAGGAGCCUGACGUGGCAGAGAAUGGCGCUCGGUCCAAAUCUUCGGUGAAGCGGCGACGGCUCCACAUACUCUAUCUGCUCAACGAUCUGUUCCACCACAGCAAGUACCACCUAGACACCACCGCAACCUUCUCCACGGUGAGCGGAUCUCUGCAGCCAUUUAUGGUGGACCUACUUGGGUAUGCGGCCGCCUAUGAUCCACAGAAUUACCCCAAGCAUCAUCGCCGACUCGAAGAUCUCCUUGACCUAUGGUCCGAGCACGGAUACUUCGGUCCCGAGCUACUCCACAAGCUGCGUGAGCUCGUCCGGAACGCUGCAUCGCUGGAAGCAGCCCCCUCUGUAUCCAAUGAUCUUUUGGUCGGCGAAGUGGACGCGUCCAAGAAGCUGUCCGGAAAGGAUGCACCUUUUAUCAUGCCAUCGACCCACGGAGACUCCUCAACGCCUUACUACGACCUUCCUGCCGGAAACCUAAUCCCGCACAUCAUUCCCAACUCAACCAUUGCCCUUCGAACCGAUGCCAUCAAGCCGCUGCAGUUUCUAGCGGGCCCGGCGGAUGAGUCUCUGGUGCGAGCGCUAAAAGGGUUUUUCCAAGAAGUAGAUCAGAUCUACGGCAUUGAGGAUGCUCUCGACGACAAUGAUGGGAAUGCAGACGUGGACGAACUCGGCCAGAGAGUCAUGCGGGACGAAAUCACUGGCGAUAUUCUCGAGGGAGAAACCUACUACGGCUGGUCUCGCGCCUUCUGUCAGCAAAUGAAAAAGCGACCCCGUGACUCUCGCAGUCGCAGCAGGAGCUGGAGCCCGGCUAACAAUGACCUCAAACGGCGACGCUAUAGUGACAGUUCCCUAAGCCGGGGCAGUAGGCAAGCUAACUCUCGGUCACGAAGUCGGUCUCGGCCGGAUAGGCGCGACACCCGUCGUUAUGGCACCCCAUCACGCUCGCGUAGCCGAUCCCAUACCCGCGAGCGCUCCUACUCGCCACGGGAACCAUCUCCACCGCGCUUCCCGCCUCCGCAUCAACCUUCUUCUCACCACCCUCCUCCACCUCCACCUGCCAACCACCCUGCUGCUCCUUCUCACCCAUAUAAUAAGGCCCCAUAUCCUCUUCCAGGCACCGGCUUCCCUCCCCCACCUCCACCUCACUACCACGGCGCCUGGCCACCUCCCCCACCCCCACUCAUGCCGAACAUGCCCUUCCCCCCGCCUGGCCCGGGACUCGAUCCUCCUGCUUUCCCUCUUGCAUUUCCUGGACACCCUCCGAUGCCCAUGCCUCCUGGUCAGCCGCUUCCUCCCGGACAGCACCGUUUCCCUCCUCCUCACCCUGGAACUCACCAGGGAGAUGGCUGGAACCAGCAAGGCGGGCGCAAUUGGCGAUAA